AACCACUGCGGCAAGCGGUCUUCUCUUCUCGAGCAAAAGAUCCAACAGUUCCGUCCUCGGUCUUCGAUCUUCUUCACAAACUCGAUUGUUUGUGGAUAACAACCACUCCUAUUCUUGCUAGUAGUAUUGGUUAAUAGUCGCCCAACGUAUCAAGAUAAUGGCCGAAGAGUUUCAUCAAGGUGCCGUGGCAGAUCCCCACAAUCCAGAUCGAGGGAUUCGAGGAGCCAAGAUGAUUCAUGAACCAGGCGAAACGGGGGAGACGGCAACGAUCAGCUGUGGCACUACCAAAGGCCCCUUUGUGGCCAAGUUUCAUCGCGAUUGGUCUCCUAAUGGCUACGACAGAGCCACUGCGUUGUUUCAAAAGGGAUUCUUUGAUCACAGUCACUUCUUCCGGGUAGUGCCAAAUUUUCUCGUCCAGUUUGGAAUCAGUUAUAGCGAAAACAAAGGUCUCCAGCAAUUUUCUCGUACACAAGUCGCCGAUGACCCUGUGCCGGAUCCCAAGAUCCCCUUCCAUAAAGGGAUCAUGUCCUUUGCAGGAAAUGGACCCAACAGUCGAACAUCCCAAAUGUUUAUUUCCUACGGUAGCCAUCCCAAUCUUGGAAAAGAACUCUGGGAGACACCCUUUGGAGAAGUAGUCGAAGGCAUGGAACAUAUUGAGGAGUUGUAUUCCUACGGUGAUAUGCCUCCGUGGGGAAAGGGCCCUGUACAGGGCAAGAUUCACAGCGGCCCCGACUACAUCAAUGACAACUUUCCUCUGAUUGACAAGUUUGAAGAGUGCAGAGUGAUCAUUCACAAACCCGACGAUCAUGCUCCUUCGGCAAAGGAAGAUGAAAAUGACCAAGGAGAAGGAAAUGACCAGAAAGAAAAGGAAGAGGAGGAAGAUGCCGACACGACCGAAGAAGAAGUUGAAAAGAGGGAAGAACAAGAAGACAAGGAGGAAGAAGAAGCGGAAGAAGAGAUUGGCCGACCGGAACUACACAAUCGCCGCGAAAUUCGAGACUUCAAAAACGCCCAAGACAAUGCUGAUGAUCCUGUCGAAUUGGAGCAAAGGCAAUUGAUUGCCGCCGAAAAGGAACUGAGUGGGUUUGAAGAUAUCAUGCAAGUCAGUGCCGUGGUGGCUGGUAUCGUGUUGAUGGUGUUGGGAGUUGCCGCACUGUCGCGCCGGUCGCGGACCAAAAAGCACAAGAAUUGAUCUUGCUGUACGGUGCGGCGAGCUAGUUAUAUUGCGGUGAUCACCUAGCUCUGGCAAGCUAUAGUUGUAUUGCUAGCAACAAACAACAAUCAGCUCGAAUUUCUGAAACAAGUGCAAAAGAAGACCUGCAGGUCUUGCUCUGACGACAGGAGACGAAGACAAUCGCUAUCUAGCUAGGAUAAGAGGCAGGGCUUGCUGUUGUCCUGCAGGUACUGACAAUUUUAUAGCAAGUUUUCUUCAACAG